GCGCUGGGGCGGGGAGCGGAGCGGGGCUCGGAGCGCGGAGCGGUCGCUCCCGGCGCGGGGCCGCCAUGGCGUGGCCCUGCAUCACCCGCGCCUGCUGCAUCGCCCGCUUCUGGAACCAGCUGGACAAGGCGGACAUCGCCGUGCCGCUGGUUUUCACCAAGUACUCGGAGGCCACCGAGCAUCCUGCCGCCCCCGCGGCCCCGCCGCGCCCCGCGGCCCCCAUCGAGACCCAGCCCGGCGGCGAGGCGGCCGCGGGGGCCGGCGGAGCUGAGCCGGCUCCCGGCCCCGCCCGGCCCGGCCCGGCCCCGCACGCCUCUCCCCCGGCCGACUCGGUCAUGCGGCACGACUACAAGCCUUGGAAGGUGCAGCGGCCGGAGCCGAGCUGCAAGCCCAAGAGCGAGUACCAGCCCUCGGACACUCCCUUCGAGAAGGAGACGCAGUACCAGAAGGAUUUCCGUGCCUGGCCUAUCCCCAAGCGGGGCGACCAUCCCUGGAUCCCCAAACCGGGACCUUCCCCCGUCCUGGCCCUGGACCGCGCUGCCCCGGAGAAACCGGCUCAGGAGAAGCGGCGGAAGGUGCACCUCCCUCCCGAGAAGAAGGAGGAACACGCCGAGGUGGAGGAUGAGCAUCCCAAAGCAGUGCGGCCCGGGGAUGGCAGAGAGAAGGGUCGGAAGAAGGCGGAGGAGGCGGGCGGGCAGCCGGCGGAGCCGAGCAGAGGCCGGGCUGCUGCCGAUGCUGUCAACAGGCAGAUCAAAGAGGAGGUGGCGGCGGGGGUCAGCUCGUCCUACAGAAAUGAGUUCAGACCCUGGAUAGAUGUGAAGCCCGUGAAAGCGAUAAAAGCAAAGCCCCAGUACAAGCCACCAGAUGAGAAAAUCACCCAUGAAACCAGUUACAGUGCUCAGUUCAAGGGGGAAACCAGUAAGCCUUCUCCAGCUGAUAACAAAUACCUGGAACGCAGAAGGAUACGCACUCUCUACUGUGAACCCUACAAAGAACCUCCAAAGGUGGAAAAGCCUAGCAUAAAGCCUUCCAAACCAAAAAAGACCACAACAAGCCAUAAACCCCUGAAAAAGGCCAAAGACAAGCAGAUUGCAUCUGGCCGGGCUGCCAAGAAAAAGAGCGCCGAGACCUCCAACACUGCAAAGCCAGAAGAUAAGGAGAAAAGUAAAGAGAUGAACAAUAAACUGGCUGAGGCAAAAGAGAAUAACAACCAACAGUGAUGUCAGAUCAAGAAGAGGAGCCAUACAGGAAGGAGAAAUUCCCUAGUAUAAACAUGAUGAUACAGAUGUGCUCAGCUCUAAGAACAGUAUCUUUUCUACAUUUGGAAAAUAUUGUGGUGUUCAGACACGGGCUUCUGCUCUGCCUUGUUCCAACAGUGUCACGGUAAGUUUGAUUCAGUUGGGGAAUUGGCACCUCACUUCCAUUUGCCCUUAUUCACAAGAGCUUUCUGGGUCGGGAGCAAUUCCACUAAUGCCAGUGGGUCUACUUCCAAUCUCAGGGGUGUGUGAUAAGGGGUAACACAGCUCUGAGUACUUCAGGACUGGUGAUCUGUCAUGAACUCUGAAUUGCUUGUAAAGACUCUUAAUUUCUGUUGCAGGGUGCCUUGGGAACAACUCCCUAAUCCUGACUGUCAUGGUGGAGGAUAUGUGAGGCAAGAAUAAAACAAAAUCCUACUAGUGGAUUGAAGGCAUCUUUAUGCUUUCUAAAAUGCCAGCUUGCCCUUCAGGGGAAGGAAGUCUACUCCAUGGAAGCCAACGACAAGGACCAGCCACCAGAAAAAUGAUGGGUGGUAGUGGCAGAUCUUAGUGAUAUGUGAGAGCCCUGAUUGUUUUCAAUGUGAGAGAUGGGAAGGGGAAAGCAUUUCUGAAUCUUCCUUGUUGUCCUCUGCCCACCCCAACCUAGCCUGUGGCAUGCAACAACCCCAAGUCCCCAAACAGAGCUGGAGAAACCAGUGUGUCCUCUCUAGCCCUGAAAGAGCUCUGGGGAACUGGGUCACAGCAAAGGGUGCUGAGCACCCUGCAUGACACAUGGUAGAGGGAAUUGCACCACAUGAUGGGUGGCAGAUGGGUCUGUUCUUGUCAGUUAACAACACCUACAAACACUUGAUGGUUCCAGUACCAGAUGGUCAAGGCAGGGAAAUCCUGAGAGCAGCCCCUGGCCAUUGGACUGACCUGCUCCUUGGCCUGGUUCAGGAUUUAGUACCCAACUGAAGACAAGUUCAGCUGUGGCCAUCUUGCUUGGACCCAAGAGAUUUGCCCAGAGAAGCUGUGGCUGCCCCAUCCCUGGA